CCAAACGAAGCUGAGCUUGAAGGCGCAUGUGCGGCGGCAGAGGCUCUCUCUCUCUCUCUUUCUCUCUCUUCGACAUCGAAAGAAUAACCACAGCUGAAAAAAGCCGAAAGAGAGUUGAAUCCGUUGGUAGCUUUUUUCGGCAUCUUUCGGCUUUUGGCUUUUGGGGCAAAGGCAUUUGUAGUUAGUUGUAAUUUUGGCAGCCAAACGUGCGCAUGCGGCCAACAGUUUGAAGCGCGUCAAAACAGCAUCAAAUUUUCGCUGCUGCAACAAGUGCAGCACACAACAAGAGCUCCAAGCUGAAGCCCUAAACUGCGCACGAAGAGCAACUGGUUAGACAAUAGCAAUUAUUCCGCACUCAACCCUCCCCGCGAGGCUUAUGCAACAGAAGCAGCAGCUGCAAUUGACAUUUGCCACAGGCAGACACGAGACAAAAGGAGAACCAUGGAGGAGCAGCCCGUGACGACCCUCGAUGAUGCCUCAACAGUCAUCAAUGGAUUGAGACGUCAGCCCACCAAAUAUCCCCAUGGCCUAAAUAUCACCGUGCAGACCAUCGAUGAUGAUUACUCCCGCGCCUCCACACUACGCAGCAAGGGCUCUGUCUCUGGCGCUGGCUCUGGCGCUGGCUCUGGCUCCGAUGCUGCCUGCUGGACGGACACGCAAAACUAUCGCAUUGGCAUGCUGGGCAGCCCCGAGGCUUUGGCCGAGCUGCAGGUGCGCCGCUACAAGUAUCCACUGACGCCGAGCAACUACUAUUUGGAGGCACAUCGUGGGGAGAAGCCCACACCGUGGAUGCUCCUGGGCUAUGCACGACGCGCCUGUCGCUGGAAGUAUUUGCGCUGGCCCAUCAUUUUUGUGGCAAGUGUCUUGCUGUUCUUUGGCUUGAUCACCUACUGCCUGUGGCUGCACGACGUGAGUGUGGCCAGGGCACGCCUGCUGCAGCGACGCUACGAGGCAGGCAGCAGCACGAGCAGCACAACGACGACGAGUGGCAGCAACACGGAGCUGUAUGAUGGGGAGGAGGCUGCCAGCACGGAGCGAGAGCUGCAGCAAACAACGCGACUCAAGGCGGUGGAGCACGACUACACAACGCAGCAGCCAGAGGUGGCGCAGGACUACGACGACACCUUGCUGCCCGCGGACAGCAUUCGCUUUACUUCGGGCCAUCAAAACAGUUUCGGUGUGCCCAUUGAGCAGGACAAGCGCAUGCUGCAGUUGCUCAAGGAACUGCUGCCCAAGCCCCAGGCCACGCCGCCCGGUCAUGAGCAGCCGCUGACACGCGUCUCGCCCACACUGCCACCGCCCUCGGCUGCGAGUGGACAUCCCACAGAGGCCAUGACCAGCAGCACACCAUCGACGACAAACAGCGGCUGCUACUCCACGAUGCUGCCCAUGUGCCAGGGCGUGCUGGACUACGAUUUGACGUACAAUCGCGAGGGCGCAGCGGCGCCACGAGAUGCGGCAGCCAUGGCCGCCUACGAGGAGUUGAUUCAAGCCAAUUGCUCAGCGCGCGCGGUGGAGUUUGUGUGUGCGGCACUGGAGCCGGAGUGCAGGCCCUCGCACAUUGGACAGCUGCCGCCAUGCCGCAGGAUAUGCAAGGCCAUUUUGGAGGCCUGCUCCAUUGCCAUAUCCAACUCGGAUGUGCUCAGCGAGCUCUUCGAUUGCAGCCUCUAUCCGGAUGCCCAUGAGAGUCACAAGUGUGAGGAUCCCACGCGGCGCAGGGACGACUGCUAUGCCAACGAGUUCCAGUGCCACGAUGGCAGCUGCAUACCCCAGCAAUGGCAAUGCGACAAGAUCAAGGAUUGCUCCGGUGGCGAGGACGAGGACGAGCAGUGUUUGGUCUGCGAGCAGCAGGACGAGUUUCGCUGUCGCUCCAACGAGAAGUGCAUACCCGAGGGCCAGCGCUGUGAUCUCAAUUUUGAUUGCUUCGAUGGCAGCGAUGAGGAGGAUUGCGACGAGUAUGGCUCCGGGGACUCCACGCCCUUUGAUGAGGCGGAACUGAAUGCGUUUCCCCGAGUCUUUUCCUAUGCCAGUUUUCUGUCGCCCAAUGAAACGAAUGACAAGUUGUACACGUACAUCACAGCCACCACGGAUGAGGAGGCGGGCACGGAGACCAAAUUUCAGAUCCAUCAAGUGGCGGCGCCGCCGGGCAAUGGCUCGGCCAGCGGGGAGGAACCCGCAGCCGCAGGACCCAAGGGUUUUGUCAACUUUCGUGACAGCAAGGAGAUCAUGAUGACCAGCGACUCGGAGAACAAAUUCAAAUAUUCGCAGCGCGCCAAUCGCACGUCCGUGAAGUUCAGCAUCAGCGGAGGCGCCACCACGCCAGCGGCACGCACAGCCAGCGCCAUACCCAGCGCGGCACUGGUGCAACAACGUGGACGCACCACCACCACCACAACAACAACAACGACAACGACAAGCAGCACCACCCAGGCGCCACCCACGGCACAGACAGCGGUGACAGCGCCCGGCGGUUGUCUGCCACACGAGCUGCGCUGUGUCAGUGGCAAGUGCAUCACAGUCAGCCAGUUGUGCGACAAGCAAAUUGAUUGUCCCGAUGCCGCGGAUGAGCUGAUGUGCGUCUACCGCGAGCGGCCCAGUGGCAGAAGAACCACCAGCAGCACCACAACAACAACAACAACAACCACUACUAAGCCCAGCAGAGUUGCAGCCACCAGCAGUCCCAAGAGCAGCGCCACCACGCGACGUCCCCUGCGGACCACAGCCACACCCAAUCGAAGUCGAAAGCCCAAGUCCUAGUGCUGCUAACUUGUAAUUUUUACUUAUAGCUCGUAACUCUAUUCUUUUAUCUCCUACCUUUAUCUGUAUUUUAUUGUAUUUCCCUUUCUUUUCGCGCUCGCUAUAUGUUUGAUAAGCGAUUUAUGAAUUAUGUGUAAACCUUUGCUAGAACUUAAGUUAUUUGGUAGCUAGUUUAUGAUUGAAUUGAAUUGAUUGAUGAUUUCUUUGACUAUUUGUAUGCGUAUGUAAAUUGUAUUUGUAGCCGUGAAUAAAGUUUAAG